AUCGAAGCAAAUCAAAAUUGAAUUAAUAAAGGGUAUAACGAGAAUACGGCAAAUGGAGGAGCUACGUGGCACUGGUGCGUCUGCUAUUUGUAGCGGCUGCAAUUGCAAAUGGAGAGCGGUGGUGCUGGCGGCGGCGGAGGUGGUGGUGGUCUCCUUCUGUUAACAAAACCUGGCUUCAUCCAAUUUCAUCAAAAACCUCUUUUUCCAUUCAAAACAUCCAAUUUUUACUCCUAUUAUAUUUUUCGGAAAUCAAACAUUGCUAUUAUCACACCCGCCACCACCUCCGCCAGCUAUAGGCGCUGGGACUCCAAUGCUGAAUCCGUUGGGUCUAAGAAAUUCAAAUUCAAGUUUCGAGACAAGAACAAAAAAUAUAGGGAAAACGGUGACAUGGAAGAACGAAAUGAAGAAGUAGAAGAUUACAGAAGGAAGGGCAAGAAGCGAAGGUGGUGGUUGGAUAAGCCAACGGGUAUGGUGGAAGAAGAAGAAGAAGAAGAUGCUGGAAUUUUGGAGGAAUUUGUUGAUAGUCUUUGGAUUUUUAAGUUAUUCAAAUCGUAUGGUUGGGCACUUCCACCCAUCAUCUUAUCUUGGCUGAUAGCUACUGGCCCCAAAGCUUUCCUUAUGGCAUUAGCCCUUCCUCUAGGGCAGUCAGCCCUAACUUUUGUGUUUGGAAAGUUGUGGGGGAGCACACAAAGUAAGCCAAACUCCAAGGCCAGAAAGAAGAGGAAACCAUUUGGCAGCUCUUCCAGCAAUGUUGAAAUGGAUGAUGAAGAGCUAGAAGAAAGGCAGAAGACCAAGAAGGGAAAUAAGGAGUUUCAAUCUUGGGUAGUUAAUGGUUCAGUUAAUAGGGACAGCCAAGGCACACCCAAUCUUGGUGGAUGGGAUGAGCUAGAUGAAAUGGAGUCCAUGCAGCAACCAUCUCAAAGAGCAUGUCAGACUCAAAAAAAAUCUUCAGCAAAUGGCAAACUGGGUAGGAGAAGGAGAAAAAGCAAUGCACCCCUACUCUUGAGAUUGUUAGUUGCUGUGUUCCCAUUUUUAGGUUCCUGGAUAAAGAUGCUUUAGUGAUUUCUGGUUUUCCCACACUGCAAGUUGUGGUGCAUUAAUUUGACAGGUGUGGCUGGUAAUACUGAGCACAUUCCUUGCCAUUGGAUUUCAAGGGCUUAUAGAAUUAUUAAGUACACCCUAAUCAUCGUAUUGGUGGCUUCAUAUUGCUAUGUAGGGGUGAUUUUUCCAUUAUUUCCAUAAAUACCACGUAAUUGAGAUUUGCA